CCCAGAAACCCCUUCGCGAGUGUCCACGCGUGUGCCCUUGCCAACGUGGCCGAGGGCUGUACAGGGAUUGCUGCAGUGGGCUCGAUGGAGCGAGCGGGUAGGAAUGUCAGAGGUAUACCCAUCAGGAUGUCACUCGACUACUUAGUCAAGGCCAGGGGAAAGCUCACGGCGACCGCAUACGCGUUUGAUGUGCCUAAGGAGGUGGGACGCUAUCAGUUGGUUUCACACGUGGACAUCACAAACGAAGAGGGUGUCACAGUUACUACUUGCGAUGUAACGUGGACUGUCAACGUCAUGGAGCCAAAACCGAAGAAGAAAAAGAAUUGAACCCAGCGAGGCUCUAAUUCAAAUAUGUAUAGCCAAAUAAAAUUAUCCCGAAAUGGUGAACCUGAA